AUGGCGCCAAACAGGGGCUCUUCCUCAUCCUCCUCAAAGGGGAAGUCUUCAAAAACAAAAGCCAAACCAUCAACACUCUCGUCCGCUUCCAAAGUCACCAAAUCGAGCUCCAAGACGAAGGCGAAGAAGGCGAAACAACAGCUACUUGCCACCAAGGAGGUCAAGUCGAAAUCGCGCAGCGCACCCGAUCAGCUGAAAAAGACGAAGAAGAGGGAAUAUACCGAGGAGGAGCUGGAUCUGCCGAAAUUGAACAUGGUCACGCCGGUUGGGGUGCAGAAGCCGAAGAAGGGGAAGAAGAAGGGAAGGUUUUUGUUGAUGAUCAGCUCCCGCGUACAGGAGAGUAUGAUGACGAUUCUCGCCAUGGUGAAUGCCGAAAAAGAAGGCCAGAUCGAGUCGAAAAUGAUGAAGGCGCGCCAGAUGGAAGAGAUACGGGAAGCGAAGAGGAAAGAAGCAGAGGCACGGCAGCAGGAAAAGAAGUCGAAAUUGGAAAACAUCAAGGAAGAAUUGCGAAACAAGAAAAAGAAGAAGAAACACCAAGAUAAUAAGGAGAGUGAUGCUUCUGACCAGAAGAACUCUGGAGACAGCGAAAAUAAUGCUGCCUCUUCCAAACCCAAAAAGCGAAAGAGCGUUUCUUUUGCGUGA